ACCUUUUUUGUUUUUAUUAUAGCAAUAUGUAUAUAUUUUUAAAACUUGUGUUGUUUUGUGGAGUCGUGUUUUGCCAGCAAGGAGAAAAAAUGUCAUUCACAUCUCCUGAAUUAUCAGACGAAGAACAGCAUUCAGCACAUAUGCCAGAUAACUUAAAAUGCGACGCCUGUACUGCUGUGGCCUAUCAGAUGACCGAAGCUUUAAAUAAAGGCGAAGAAAAAAUAAAGGGAAGGGCAUUAAAGGAGUCAGAGUAUCUGGAUCUUUUUGAAAAUUUGUGCAAUGGUAAAACAUGGGAAAACUAUGGUCUUAAAACUGUCAACGGUGUAAAUCGAAUAUCUGGAAAAGGUCUUGAAGCGGACGCAAUACCUGGUAUGAUGUACGGAGGAGGAAAGUGGCCAGGAAGGUUGGAACGAAAAUGUUUUGAAAUAAUCGGCGAUGUUGGUGAGGACGAGUUGUACAAAGAAUACCGAGAAAAGAAAAAUCUACAACAUUAUUUAUGUAAGGUAUAUUCGAAAGAUUGCGUAAAAAACAAGAAAAAUGAAUUGUAGUUGAGAAAUGCGGGUUUUUUUAGUUGAAAUUUUUUUUGCGUAAAAUCUACUUAUUUUUUGACACUAGAAGUUGUGCACGUUUAUUUUAUCAGUUUAAAAUGUUUGCAGCACAACUUUUUUUAUUGAGAGGGAAGUUAGUUAUAAACUUAAAUCAUUCCGAUGCCAAGCUUGCUUCGUUUGGACAAAGUUUUUUUAUUAGUAUACACUCCCGAGUUUUUUAUUUCCACCUAAAGAUUGACAUGUGUUAAAUGUGCUAGUGACGAUGAAGCGAAACGAAUUCAUAUAUGCGUUGGUUGAGAUGGCUUUAAGUUCUGGUAAUGUAGCGCCGAGUUGUUUCGUACGAUUGUAGAUGUAUGUUAUAAAAACUUUUAAAAACUUUUAAAUUAUGAUUGUAUUUGUUAUCAACAUGAAGUGUACUUUAUGAUGUUAAACAUUGUAUAACAAAUCUUUGUAAUCCCAUAUAUUUAACAAGCCGUUUCACGGUU